AUGCUGGAGACUCUAUGCCGCCAACUCCAUUCCAGUUUUCAUCAGCUACGUGACAGGACGCGUACUGUUUUGUUUUCCUCUUGCGGCCCCAAUCUGAUUAGUGAUCCGAUACUCUGGUUACCCAUGACACACAGAAUACCUAAAGUCUGCUCAUAUCAUCCUUAUGUACACUUUUAG